AUGCUGAAAUGUCCAUCUUGGAGGUGUCUUAAAGGUCUAUGGGGGUUCUUAGGCCUGAUAGGCUACUACUGUCCACUUGUGGCUGGUUACAAGCCAAUUUGUAGCAUCUCUUACCAGGCAAUUGCACAAAGAUGCAUUUCCUGUGAUCCUGAGGCGGAGGAAGCUUUCAAGUACCUAAAACAAGCAAUGGUCUCUAUCCUCAUCUUAUCGUUGCCUGACUUCUGUAAACCUUUCAUUUUAGAAACAGAUGCAUUCGGAUCAGAGGUAGCUACAGUAUUGACCCAAGGAAAAGGGUUGGUUGCAUAUUUCAGUCAAACCUUGUCUGAUUCGGCUCAAAGGAAAUCAAUGCGGACAGUGAAAAAUAUUCCAAAAUAUGCACCAGCACAGUUCUACAUUGACAAUGUUUUGCAUCGUAUAAAGGAGAAGAAGAUAAUGGCCCUGAAACCUUUUGUUGAUCGUUUGGGUUAUGAUAAUGUUCCUCCAGAAAUAAACAGGCUAAGAUGUCGGGUGAAUUAUCAUGCACUAAAAUUUCUUCCUGAGAUAGAGCAGAUGGCUGAUUUGCUGGUAUCAAGGAUGCGAAACCGCACAGGAAGUUCCAAUCCUUACAUGGCUCUUCAUCUUAGAUUCGAGAAAGGAAUGGUAGGUCUAUCUUUCUGUGAUUUUGUGGGAACAAGGGAGGAGAAAGCUAGAAUGGCAGAAUACCGAAAGAAGGAAUGGCCCCGACGUUAUAAGAAUGGGUCCCAUCUCUGGCAGCUGGCCCUGCAGAAACGGAAGGAAGGACGGUGUCCUCUUGAGCCUGGAGAAGUAGCAGUCAUUCUUAGAGCAAUGGGCUAUCCAAAGGAGACACAAAUCUAUGUUGCUUCUGGGCAGGUCUAUGGUGGACAGAAUAGGAUGGCACCACUAAGGAACAUGUUCCCUAAUUUGGUAACAAAGGAGGAGUUGGCAAGCAAGGAUGAAUUGGCUGCUUUUAGAAAACAUGUAACAAGCCUGGCUGCUCUUGAUUUCUUAGUAUGCUUGAAGUCUGAUGUGUUCGUGAUGACACACGGGGGUAACUUUGCCAAAUUGAUCAUAGGGGCACGAAGAUACAUGGGUCACCGGCAAAAAUCUAUAAAACCAGACAAGGGACUUAUGUCCAAGUCUUUUGGGGACCCUUACAUGGGUUGGGCCACUUUUGUGGAGGAUGUGGUUGUCACCCACCAGACAAGAACUGGAUUGCCCGAAGAAACCUUUCCUAACUAUGACCUUUGGGAGAACCCUCUGACUCCUUGCAUGUGUAAAGCUUGAUAACUUGAUUUUUUUUUUUUUUUUUUUGGCAAGUUUUACACUGAUUUCUUCUGAGGAUCGUAGCAGGGAAGAGCUGGCACAUCAUCAUUUGAGAACUGGAAAUUCUUUUACCCACAAGAUAUAAGUGAUGAAUUUGGAGAGAGUGCUAACAGAGUUUUAGGCUGGGAAAGUUGAGGCUUAAACUAUGUUGCUAGGUAUUUGCCCUAGAAGCAGAAUUUAAAUGGGAUGGGUGCAAACGGUGGCUCUCUUCUAGUGAUCAUUUGCUGUAUCCCUCCGUGCAUAAACUCAUAGGCAAUUACAUCAGAAGGGUUAUAGAUAAAA